AUGAACGCGCCACUACUAAUUCUCUACGGCUCUCAGACUGGCAACGCGCAGGAUGUGGCGGAGCGUAUCGGUCGCGAGGCCCGGCUGCGGCUGUUCUCCCCCCGAGUGGUGGCCAUGGACAGCUACGAUGUGAGCCAGCUGCCGGGGGAGCGGCUGGUGGUGUGUGUCACAUCCACAACCGGCCAGGGCGACCCCCCCGAUAACAUGCGGCGCUUCUGGCGCUUCCUGCUUCGCAAGUCCCUUCCUCCGGACUCCCUGGCCGCGUGCCGCUAUGCCGUGUUUGGUCUGGGGGACUCGGGUUACCCCCACUACAACGUGGUUGCCAAGAAGCUGGAUCGGCGGUUGGAGGGUCUCGGAGCCAGACCGUUACUGGAAAGAGGUUUGGGGGAUGACCAACACCCCAACGGUUACGAGGGAGCUCUGGACCCGUGGAUUGUACGACUGUGGCCGGCCCUGCGCGGGACAUGUCCCCUCCCCGAGGGGGUGCAGGAGCCGGUUCUCUCCGAGGACGCGCUCCUCUCCCUGGGGCCGCCAAAGUUCCAAGUUACCCGCCUGAAAGCGGAGGACGCAGCGGAAGCGGCGGAGGCGCUGGCGGCCAGGCUGCAAAGAGAGCAGCCUCACGUGAAAGGACUGUACGAGCAAGUACGACAUCACCCGCCGGCGGCGGAGGCGGGCGUGAAGGUCAACCGCCGGGUGACGUCAGCGGAUCAUUUUCAGGACACACGACACAUUGAGCUGGAUCUCGGAGAAUCCGGAUUGUCGUACGAGCCUGGAGAUGUGUUGGCGAUCCUGCCCCUGACCUCGGAGGCAGUUGUGGACGCCUUCCUUCAGCGAUUGGGUUUGGACGGGGAGGCGUGGGUGCGGGUGGGCCCCGGCGGGGUGACUGUCCGCUACCCCCCGCCCUGUUUCCCCCCUCUUCCCUCCCCCCUCCCCCCUACCAUGUGUGGCUGCUUAGACAUCGGCGGCGCCUCCCCACGGCGGUACUUGUUCCAGGUACUGCGCCACUACGCUGACGUGGAGCUCGAUCGGGAACGACUGUCGUACUUUGCAACGGCAGAGGGCCGAGAUGACCUGUACAGGUACAACCAACGAGAAGGUCGUACACUCCUGGAAGUCCUCAACGACUUCCGCUCCGCCACUCCCCCUUUGGAGAGGCUGCUGGAGUCGGCCCCGCCGCUGCGACCCCGCCUGUUCUCCCUGGCCAGCAGCCAGCGGCUCCGCGGCCCGGCGGCGGCACACCUCCUCGUGGCGCUGGUGUCGUACAAGACGCCGUUGCGGCGGCCCAAGACGGGACUGUGUAGCGGCUACUUGGCGCGGCUGGGGCCCCUUGAGGCGGCGGACCGAGUGGCUGUGUGGGUGGAGCGGGGGGCACUGAGGCCGCCCAAGUCCCUGAAUACACCCCUCAUAUUCGUUGGGCCGGGGACAGGUGUGGCGCCCUUCCGGUCCUUCCUAGAGGACCGCUACGCCCUGCUGCAGUCGCAGCUUUCUCGACCGGCGCCAUGCCACCUGUUUUUCGGAUGUCGUGGCCGCCACACGGACUUCUACUACCGGGAGCAAUGGGAGGAGUACUUGCGGGCGGAGGUGCUGCACCCAACACGAGGAGGACUCAUCACUGCGUUCUCGAGGGAAGCCACCACCGCGGCGGCGGCGACGGCGACGGUGUAUGUGACGCAUCGUAUUCGUGAGUACGGCGAGCUGAUGUGGCAUCUGCUGACGGAGGAGGGCGCGGCGGUGUACGUUUCGGGCUCGGCGAAGAAGAUGCCGGAGGGUGUGGCGGCGGCGUUUGCUGACGUGGCGGCGCGGCACGGCGGGCUGGACGCGGCAGCGGCGGUAGCAUUUGUACGGCAGCUAGAGCUGAAGGGGAGGUACCAAGUGGAGGCUUGGUCGUAG